GUUCCUACGUAAUACAGAGGGGAAGCUCAUAAUCAUGACUCGAAGCGAAACUCAUAGGUCUUUCUCUGACUGUCGGCCAGGCUUUGAAUCAGAUCUGCCACCGCCACCAAGCUACCUGUCAUGGGGAAUCCAGGCUUCGCUUCGAUCAAUUACGACAAUUCAACCAUUCUCUCUGUCACAUAUCUGUGCUUGUGAUUUUUGAGUAACUGAUUUUGCUCUUGUUUUAGUCCGGCCAAUCCAUAUGUCAAUGUACUGUUUCACUGCCGCUUCUUUUCAGCUAGAGAAGCUUCAGAAGUGAUUCUAGAGUCGGGAUCCGCUGAACUAGAAGCACCCGUCAGUCUCACAUUGACCCCAAUAUCCAUUACGUUGAUGCCAAUAUGUCCAUCACUAUCCCGGACACCUGAAUCCUUU